CACUGAAAAAAGUGAUUUUGGAGAGUGGUAAAUAUGAUCUAUACAAAUCAUAUAAAAUUUAAUUAAUUUUUUCAGUCAGCCAAGGAAUUAUAAAAUAAUGGGUAAAUUAUACACAUGCUACCCACUCGUUAACAUUAAAAACCAUUACAUAGGAAAAUACAGUAAAAUAUACCCCCGAAUCUUAAGUACGGUGCUCCAAAGUUGCGCAUGCGUCAGACCGUGUUUUUGAACGAGCGGGACUGGGAAGUCUGCAUCGUUUCUGCCAUCGAACCGGGAGCUAAAGCCAGAGUCUUUGUAUGUGGACACUCAGUAUUUGCCCUCUCUUCAGUUCCUCUUGUCUGUUCUCCACAAGCAGGGACUCACUGAUAGACCACUCUGCUUCCAGUUCUGGGGCUGACACACUCUCCCACGUCCCCACACCCAGUGUAUCCUGUACAGGGAACCGGGAUCAUUUGCAGGCUUAUAUGGCUGGCAGCAGCGCAUAAAAUACAAGAUGCACAAUUACCAGGCCAAGCUAAGAUCUCGAAAAUAUUCUUACCCGGAAAUUGAAAUCAACACCUUAAAAAGGAAGCAUCCAGCUGAUGCAGUGCCAUCAAAAAACGUAAAAAAGCCCAAAAAAGCAGAGGUUAAUUACCUCCCUGCGCACCCUACUGGUGAAAGCCAAGAGACACUGGAGAAAGAGAGGCUUGAAUUAAUUUGUGAAAUAACAAAGAAAAACAAUGCAAAGAUAAUUGCAGAUAAAAUGAAUAAAACUUUCUCUAGCCGAAGAGUUGAAGUAGUCAGCCUAUGCCCUUCUGUGAUUGUGCUUAAAGAAAGGUGGCCAGCAUUAUUCACUGAGGCUCAGAUCAAGGAAGAGUUCAGACGUAUCACGACAGUUUCCUUGGAGGAGACAUUCAUGCUAAAGCUUGAUGAGUACACACCAAGUCUUAUGCAGCUUAUGCGUGCUAAAGGAGGGGCUGCUGGUUCCAAGAUGCACCCUCUGUUGGACACUUUAAAUGACACACAGAGCAUUGAGAAAAAAAGGGAUGCAGUUGUCUGCUGCCUCAUUAACUACCUUGGUGAAAGACAAGAAGAUCUUUUCCAUGACUGCCAGGAAUGUGAGGACUACACAGACAAAACAAUAAAGGUGAUCGUGACGCACAACAUCAUGGCUGAGGAGGAUCCAUCAGAUGUGUCGAUUGUGAUUGAGGGAAACCAAGUGAUGGAAGGAUGUGGAAGCCGAACAAAGGCGUGUGUACUGCUGAUGGGACUGAUAUAUGCCCUCAACCUUGACUAUCCAAAGCAGCUCAGGAACACAUUUGAAGCUUUUCAAAAACAUUUUUUGGAACUUGAUGGGGCAAAACUACUGAAGAAGAUCCACAGCCUCAAAAACAAGCUCAUGCAAUAGACAUACAUUUCCCCUCUUGUUCCAAGAGGAUCUUUUGUCUGGACAGAGAGUUUUAAUGGAGUAUAGUUUUAUAUUUUUGUUAUCUUCCCUCCUCUGCUCCACACACAGACACAGAAAUAUAUGUACAGAUGGAUACAUAAGUAUGUUGCAACCUCUCUCAGUUUUUUUGUUGUGUAUAAAUACACCUGCAGAUUUCAGAUUUGCUCAGUCACUGUUGUGUGAGGCCGAAGAAACACAAGUAAGAGUUUAGAUACAAGAAAAUCUUCAUGUGAUUGGACAUCUCUUGCACCUCUGCUCUGAUCACCUCACUUCUCCUUUUCUCUGAUCUACCGUACUCCUUUCUUAUCGAGCAGUCUGGAUGUUCUAAAGCAGGGAUAUGUUUUAUUGUCCAACAUUACUGAAACAACAGUUGAAGUUGUUGGGUUAUAAUGCAGGUUCAUUAUUUGAAAUGUUGUGUGACACUGUUGUGCUGCAGUUUAUUCUGUGUUUUUUUUUUUUGAUGACUUUAUGGAUUAAAAACAUUGAGAAGGUGUA